AUGCCCAGCGACGACGCCAAAGACGCCCACUACGUGGUUCUUUCCCAAGACUCGGAGCCUGCAGGCGCUGAUGGCGUGAUAAUUGCAUGGUACCUCGAUGGGGAUGGAAAACGCGUUGGUGAUACGGAAAAUCGUAUUCAGUUCGAAGGCAGAUUCCUCUCGGGAAGCGCAAACGCUCUGCGCUGCGACGGGACUCAAUUCGUGUAUUCAGAUCGAAGCAUAACAACGCAGGGCUGGCCACGACCAAGCGACUGGCUCCCUCAGCUCGUCAUUCGCUCGCUCUCAGACCCUCUCACUGAAGUCCGCCGACUCAAAGGCCACGAAGACUCCAUCAAGUGGGCUUCGUGGUCACCCACCGACCCCAACGUCAUCGCAUCAGCAUCUUGGGAUGUGAGCUGUCGAAUCUGGAACGCUGCGACAGGCGAAUGCCUUCACAACAUUAAAGGCGCCGACGGACAAAACUGGACGGGCGACUUUUCACCCAACGGAGAACAGAUUGUGUUUGCUGGUGGAAGUCGAAGCGGUGCACCACACAUUGCAAUUUACAGCGUUGCGACCGGCAACAUCAUUCUGCAAGCUGAGAUGUCGGGCCUCGGAGGCUUGUCUACGCCACUCACAUGGUCUCCAAACGGCGACGCGAUCGCCUUAGUGGUCAAUGGCUCUGUCAUCCUGUGGGAUGUUGCCUCGAACAAUAUCACAGAAGUCAUGAAGGUGCACAGCGACGGUAGUCUGCGCGACGACUUUUGCGAGAUCACGAGCCUAAAGUGGCUGGAUCGAAAGGGCAGCAAGCUUCUUGUCCGACUAAUUGACCAUACGGUAUUUGUCUGGGACAGGCAGCGCAAUUGGAGGUGGAGGCUCCAGAGGCCGCCGGGACUGCAGCAGCUGGCGACGCUCUCUAGUGCAGAGGCCUUUCUUGAAGAGAAGGACGAGCUACUUUGUCUUGACGGAGAUUGGCGGAUGCGCACUUGGGAACUUGAACGAGAGUAG